AUGACCAUAGACAAGUGUGCGGGAUUGUGCACCAACUACACCUUCCUCGGCCUUGAAUAUGGCUCGCAGUGCUGGUGCAGCAACGCCAUUCAGAACGGGGCCUUCCCGGUCGACAAUGGACAGUGCGAUACGGUGUGCGCAGGCAACGCGCAGCAGAUCUGUGGCAGCGACAACACGCUUUCGGUCUACCUGUCUCCGCCACCGCCUCCCCCACACCCUUCAAACAACAUCACGUACAGUGCUGCCGGGUGUUACGCAGAGCCUGGCGAUGGGUCGCGGGCGCUGAACAAGUCCCGCACGGCGGCCCUUGACAUGACGCCGGAGUCAUGCUUCAACAUCUGUGGUACGAGCGGCUGGCUCUACGCCGGGCUCGAGUACGGCGAGGAGUGCUGGUGCGGCAACUGGCUGUCGACGGCGGCGACCCUCGUGGACCCUUCGCGAUGCAACAUGAACUGCACAGGUGACGCGACACGGGCGUGCGGUGGUCGGGAGGUGCUCAGCUUGUACAACGGAGCGUACAACCUCAAUGGUGUGGCUAGCCUGCCCCGGUCUUAUGCGCCUAUCUGGGAUAGACUGCUCAAAGGACACGUGCGAUAG